UUCCAAGCUACGAAGCUACGAAGAAGCUACGAAGAUUUUUAGCGUGUGUGAUCUUUCCCGUUGACUAAUACAUUCAGUAACAACUUGCACUCUUGCCUCCAUCAUCGAUCAAGUUAAUUCGUUAAGCUAAUGGGAAAAUGACGAUUGAAAUGCACAAGGGCCAGAUUGAUCUGCCGUCCGCCAUCGAAAUUGAAAGUUUAUCAGUUUUCUGGAAAUGUUCGAUAGUGGGUUUCUUACUGACUGCAUGCGGCUUGUUACUUGGAGUAUCGCUAUCAAAGAGAGUCCGAAACUGGCGGCAGAAGCGAUUCAAAUUUCUGAAAUUAGCAGCAAAGUUGCCGGGACCACCGGCGCUUCCUCUCAUUGGAAAUGCGCUUUACUUCGCCUGCGGAUCUGAUGAAAUUCUGCACAGGAUUGUCGACCUUUGCAAGACUUACGAUUCACCGACUCGGUUCUGGCUGGGACCAAAACUUUACGUAAUUAUAACGAAACCCGGCGAUAUCGAAGUGAUUUUGGGCAGCGCUAAAGCGACGCAUAAAGACGACGUCUAUCGUUUCAUGGAGCCCUUCAUUGGGCAGGGUCAAAUGUCGGGUUCAGGUCCGACGCAUCGAGCUCACAGAAAAGUGAUCAUGCCAAUGUUGAACGGAAAAGUGCUCGAUACGUUCGUAGAAUACUUUGAUCGUCAGAGUCGUUGCUGCGUUAAGGAAUUAGAGAAAGUCGUAGACACUGGGGAAUUCGACAUCUAUCCGUUCAUGGAGCAUUGUACUAUUGAUAUCAUUUUAGAAACCGUGAUAGGUACUCCCGGUACGACGCAGCAGCAAGAAUAUAAACACCUGGUCGAAGCGAACAGAAGCGUGUACAAGAGCAUUCACUCGAGGAUAAUGAGGCUGUGGUUACAUCCGGAUUGGAUCUAUGCGCGUACCAAUUACGGCAAAGAGCAAAGUAAAGCGAAGAAAGUGAUUCACGGAUUCACCGAAAACCACAUCGCUCGAAAGCGGAAAGAGCAUCACGCUGUGCAAAGGGGUUUUGUUAUACCCGAUAGACCUCGACUGAUGUUACUAGAGCAACUGAUAGCUCAUGUUGAGCAGACCAACCUCAUGAACGACGUACAACUCAGAGAUGAAGUAUACACAUUAUUCACAGCGGCACAAGACACUGCGACCGUUGCCAGUUCUUUCGCAUGUCUGAUGCUCGGUAUGCACUCAAAAAUUCAGGAUAAGGUACGCGCAGAGCUUCGUGAAGUGUUGGAAGAAAAUACUCUGACUGCGGAAGACCUUCCCAAACUGACGUACCUCGAGAUGGUUAUCAAAGAAACUCUUCGUCUCUUUCCUAUCGGGCCGAUAAUCGCGCGGAAACUGAUGGGCGAAGUAGACAUGGAAACAUGUACAUUGCCAGAGGGUUGUUCAGUCGCAAUAUUCGCAUACCAAACCCACCGUGAUCCGAGGUACUGGUCGAAUCCCGAUAAAUUUGAUCCGGACAGGUUCUUAGCGGAAAAUUCAGUGGGCAGGCAUCCCUACGCGUACAUACCAUUCAGCGGUGGUCUCAGGGGUUGCAUCGGACAAAAGUAUGCCAUGAUGUGUGUGAAAACUAUCAUGGCGAACAUCGUACGAAGAUAUCGAUUGAAUUGCAACGGUUCUUUGGAAAGCCUCAAGCUGACGACUGACAUCUCCAUUCGGUCCAUCGAUGGCUAUAAAAUAUCGAUCACCAGAGUUUGAUAUCCGAAAUAUCUUACAGUAAAUGAUCAUGAAAUGGUGAUGGAGAUAUUAAUUAAAGGCAUCACCCAUCUUGUGAUUGCAUAUUUUCGAAGAGCGUGUGGCGCAUCUAAUUCCAAGCAUGUAUCGGCUUCCGAUUGUAAAAUGUACAUAAGGUAGUGAAUUUCAUGUAGAUAUAGUUUCGGUGUAAAACAUAAACAAAUAGGAAAAAUC